AUGGCGACGCUUCGCUCUCUCGUCACCACGCUGUGCUUCCUCUCGGCAGCAAACGCGCACUUUACGCUCACGCAACCACCAUCGCUCGAGGGCGACAGCUUCAACGAGGGCGCUGAGGACAACGCGCCUUGCGGUGGAGGGACGCCCGACUUGUCCUCGAACACAAUAACGGAUUUCCACGUCGAUGGAGAGCCGGUUCAGGUCUUCCUGUCACAUCCGCAAGCCAAAUAUCUGUUCCGCGGCACUCUCGACUCGAAGGCGUCCGGGAACUGGACGCAGCUGUUCCCGAUCGUACAGCAGAGUGGACGCGGCAACUUCUGCGAACCGGCCGUCACCGCGCCGAGCGGAUGGGUUGGGAAGAAGGGCUUCGUCGGGGUCGCGUGCAAUGCGCCAGACGGAAUGCUGUACCAGUGCGCGGCCGUCAACUUCGUCUCGGGCUCCAGCACUUCGACCUGCACCAAUGGAAGCUCUGUGAGCGCGAGUAUCGACACGGACGCCGCCCUCGCUGCCCUCGUAGGCGAUUCCAGCUCGACAGGCGGCCCGAGCUCAACGUCCCCCAACCCCGCGGCCACUUCAUCCCACAAUGCAGCUCCUUCGUUGCUAACGCAUGCUACCGGUCUCCCGAUCGGGAGCAUGGCGGUGACCGUAGUCAUGCUCCUCUUAGGUGCGGCACUUUUGUGA